AUGAUGUUUGGCCCGGAGAUUGACAGCUCAGCAUUCGUUAAGUCUGGUGUUGGAUAUAACUCAAAAAAGCCAAAUUCUUUUGUAGUGACUAAAUUCGAUAACUGGAGAAAAGCACUGGAAGGAUUUCAAACCAUAGUGAAACAAAUUAUCACAAAACCUGUUUAUCCGAUUCUGGACAUUUUCUUAAAGCAGAAUACAGCAAUUAGAGGACACAGAGAUUCCGGUAAAUUAAUGAUCGACCAAACUGAUGACGAAUAUGAAAAUAAUGAAGGGAAUUUUCGGGAAAUUUUAAGAGUGAACUCUGCUCAAUGUUUUUCAAUACUCGCCGAUGAAACAGCUGACAUUGCGAACAUCGAACAAGAAGCAUUGUGUUUAGUAUCAUUAAUAUUAGAAAGCUUGCACAAUUUUGGUAUAGAAACAAAGUACAUGCGAGGACAAGGUUAUGACGGCGCGGCUGCAAUGUCAGGAGAAUUUAACGGCGUUCAAGCAAUAAUUCGUAAGACUCAUCCUCUUGCUCUUUAUGUGCAUUGUUCCGCACAUGUCCUUAACUUAGCUGUUUCAAACUCCUGCAAAGUACAGGAAAUAAGAAAUUUGAAUGAUUUUGAAGAGUUAUUUGAACAAGUGAUAGAAUCAUUAAACUUUAUAUCUGAGUGGAAAGAUGUUGAGACUUCUUCGCAUGCCAGUAAUCUGUGUAGUGCUAUAUUAGAAGGUGGAUUUAUUAUUUCUAUGCUUAUAGUAGCUAAAUGCUUUAGUGUUGGUCUUCCUUUAUCGAAACAUCUUCAGCGGGUUAAUAUUGACCUUGGCGAAGCGAUCCAAUUAGCGGAGGAUACAAUAAAAGAACUUGAAGAUUUUCGAAAAAAUGCUGAUUCUAUUUUCCAAGACAUUUUUGAAAAUGCUGUUUCUCUUGGUAAUAAAUUUGGUGUUACUAUAAGUAUCCCUAGAACUACGAAAAGACAAGCAAACCGUGUAAAUGUUGAAACUGAUUCAAUAGAAGUAUAUUAUAGAAUCGCUAUACUUAUACCUUAUAUUGAAACAUUUAUUGAGCAAUUGAAAGUUCGAUUUGCCAGCCAUAAAGCUAUUUUAGUUCAUUUUAAUUCACUCAUAAGUCUUAAUACGGAUGAAAACAAUUUUUGUCAUUAA